AUGGACAUGAACAAGCCAAUCUUUCCGGCUCCGCCUGGCUACAUUGUCGAUGUCGAUAACCCCCAGAGAACGGGCGAGGCUGCCAACUUCUGGAUUGGCACCCUGGGCAUGAUCAUCGCCGCCAUCUUCAUGGCUAUACGCGUCUACACGAAGACGAGACUAGCAAAGAACUUUACACCAGAUGAUAUAGCGCUGCUCAUAGCCUGGUGCUUUUCCAUCGCAAUACAAGUCCCCAUCCUCUUCCAAUACGGCCGCGGCACACUCGGCGUCCACAUCUGGGAGCUAAUCGGGCACCGCGUCAAUUCUACCAUGAACCAAGUAUAA